AUUUUCAAAACCAACAAGACACAUUUGACGAUUUGACACAAAACAAAUAAUAACAAUGGCUGAAAAGAAAAAAGGAAGAAAACGUAAAGAUGAAUACAUACCUCCCGGAUCUGAACAAUUUGAAAAACCUGCUAAAGAAGAGUAUGCAAUUGCAAAAUGGUUACGAAAAAAUGUACCUACAAAAAAGACAAAAUUUCUUAAUCAUAAUGUGGAAUAUUUUACUGCAUAUAAAGCUGUCGAUGCCCUUAUGGAAUCACACUGGGCAAAACCUGUCAAAGAAAAUCAACCACCAUUUUUUACGAGUCGUGGAAAGGUAAUCGAAUAUUUGAAUACAAUGUUACGUCAUAAAUUUUAUCAUAGAGCUAAAAAAAUUCCUGUAUCGGAGCAAGAACUAAAGGCUCGUAAAAAGGGUGAUAAGAAAAAAGAUGACAGUGAAGAAAAGAAAAAAGAGGAACAAAAAGCAACUGAAAGUGAUAAACGACCUGAAGAUGGCGAAGGAAAAUCUGGUACAACAGUGACCGAAAAGAAGAAACGAAAAGUACGUUUAGAAAUGCAUUUAGAUCAAUAUUUUGAAGAUGGAAUGGAUGCAUAUGUGUGGAUUUAUGAUCCAGUUCCAGUGUAUUAUUGGUUCUUUGGUACAUUAUUAGUAUUGGGUGCAAUUGGUGUAUGUUUAUUCCCAUUAUGGCCUCCAUUAGUACGAAAAGGAGUAUAUUAUUUGAGUAUAGCUGCAAUUGGUUUCCUUGUAUUUAUAAUUGGAUUGGCGGUAUUACGUUUAAUUAUAUUCUGUAUUGUCUGGAUUUUAACACUUGGUAAACAUCAUAUUUGGUUGUUGCCAAAUUUAACACAAGAUGUUGGCUUUUUCGCAUCGUUUUGGCCAUUGUACCAUUAUGAAUAUAAAGGCGAUUCUAAUUCUGACAAAAAAGAUUCCAAAAAGAAAAAAAAGAAGAAAGAUAAAGAUAGUGAUGCUGAAGAUGAUGAUUCGCCAACACGGAAUGUAGAUGCUGUUAGUCUUGACAGUGCAGAUGAAACAACGUCACAAUCAAAAACAGUGGAAGAAGAACGAACUAUUGAAUCAGGUGUUGAAACUACAUUACCUGAAGAAAGACGAAUUUCUGAAAGUGAAAGUGAAUCAAGUCAGCGAUCAUCAACUGGUCGUGAUUUCGAAAUGAUUGAUGAACAGGAGCUUGCUGAAUCUACUUAGAAAGAAGGAGAUGGUGCAAAAGUGUUGCAUUUUGUAUUAGUUCUUCAUAAUUAACUAAGGGUAUUUAUAUGUAGGCUAAAAAACAAUACAAAAAUACAGAACUAAACCACAAAAAAAGAAAAUAAACUCCAUGUUUAAAUAAGUAAAUUAUUAUUCAUAUAUCUAGCAACAAAUUCGAAAUU